CAGGCGGCGAGCGGAUCACAGAUGGUCCUCCGGGCGGAGAGCGGAUCACAGAUGGUCCUCCGGGCGGCGAGCGGAUCACAGAUGGUCCUCCAGGCCAGGCGGGGUGAGCCGAGCGCCGGUGGUCCUCCGGGCGGCGAGCGGAUCACAGAUGGUCCUCCGGGCGGCGAGCGGAUCACAGAUGGUCCUCCAGGCCAGGCGGGGUGAGCCGAGCGCCGGUGGUCCUCCGGGCGGGGUGAGCUGGGGCUGGGCCUGAGCGAGAGAAAGAGCGCGAGGGCGGGGAGACGUGAACCGGGUUUAGGAGCCGUUGCUGUGGACGGAGAAACGGGGACGUGAGCGGCCAUUGAGGGCGGCCAGGGUGCCGGUGAGUCCCCCCCUCUGCUCGGUGUGCGAACUGAGCUUCGAGGGGCUGAGCUUAGAUGGAGGACCACAUGACGAGGCAGAACAAGGAAAAGCGUUAUGAGUGUGGCGUGUGCGGCAAGACCUGGCAAAGGCCGAGCCAUCUGGAGAUCCACCAGCGGGUGCACACAGGAGAACGCCCCUUCGACUGCUCGGAGUGUGGCAAGAGCUUCAAGAUGGCGCAACAGCUGAAGGUGCACUGGCGGAUGCACACGGGCGAGAAGCCCUAUGGCUGCUCCACCUGCGGCAAGAACUUUGCCCAGUUGUCGGGGCUGCGGGAUCACUGGCGGGUGCACAGCAGUGAGCGGCCCUUCACCUGCUCCGACUGCGGCAAAGGCUUCAAGUCGUCGCCAGAGCUGAAGCAGCACAGCUGGAAUGAGCGCGCAGGGGAUGUGAGGGGGCGUGGCUUCACAAGCUGCACCGACAGUGAAGAGAACCUCGUUCAGCGCGUGAGCGAGCUGUAG